GUUAGUCUGCUUUCGCUUCUCAUGCGGUUUGGGGUUUUUCCUAUUUUCUUUCGAUUGGCUUCGCCGGAAAAUCCUUGUGUCGCGAUCGCGAUCGCGUCCGUUGCCUUGGCCAAAGCCAUAUAACUAUAUCUAUAGAUAUAUGUGCAGCUGCACCGCCGAUGUGCAAAUAUUUUGAGCUAAGAAGUACACAUAUGUGAGCUGAAUAAAUACGCAAGUACACAUACUAUCUGUUUGAAUGUGUGAAUAAUCGGUGCGAACGUGAGAAUCGCGCUGGCGUUGCAAGUUCGCAGUGUAGUUGUUGUAACAUCGACGUGGAGUGUCAAUUAUGUGGAAAUAUAUUUACAAAGAUACCCCCUGUGCCUGUGUGCGUGUGUGUAAGUGAGUUCUCCUGGCACUGAAUGUCACUAAAAGAGAGAAAGAGAGGGAGCGAGAGUGUGGGAGUGGAAGUGGGGCUGCUGCUCUCUUUCCAGUGCGUGUAGAUCAGUUACCGCCAGCAACAGCAAAAGUAAAAGCAAAAUAAAAGACAACAACAACAAUAACAACAAACAAACAAACAAACAAGCGACAAUUCACAUUCAUUUCCAUUCAUUGCUGCGAUUAUCGCCAGUUUUGCUUUGCUCUUUCACCACGCACGAAUCAGUGGGUGAAAGGAAGUGAGAGUGGAAAGAGUAGAAGAGUGGAAGGCAGAGAGCAAGUGAAGUGAACCGUAUGAAAAUGCAAACGGGGAGUGGAGAGUGGAGCGAAUGAAGAGGAAGCAGCAACAACCAAAAAGUUCGCUCUGGGCACGCCCCCUUAUGACGCCCCCUGUGACGCGUUAUCAGCGGAGACCCAACAAACACAACAAACACAAAGACCUGACCAAAAUCCACACAAAAUGGCGAUAAACUCGAGUGCCAGAGAAAUGCCGCGGGCCUAAGGAACUUCGCUCUCUCACUCCAACAAAUAAAAAACGAAGGAGGUAAACAAACUCGUUUCUGCCCCACAACAACGAUACCCCCACCUGAAUACCCCCAUCCAGAGAUAUCCCACAGAACCCACCAGAAUCGGCGAUAAGCAUCCGAAAGUUUGGGUGGCCCAGUCCACAGAACACCCCGCACCAAACCCGAAACAAGCGCCUAAGAUGUGUUCCCGCAACAUAAAGAUCUCGGUGGUGCUGUUUCUCGUCUUGAUACCAAUCUUCGCCGCCUUGCCACACAACCACAAUCUGUCGAAGCGCAGCAAUUUCUUCGAUCUGGAGUGCAAGGGCAUCUUCAACAAGACCAUGUUCUUCCGACUGGACCGCAUCUGCGAGGACUGCUAUCAGUUGUUCCGCGAGACGAGUAUACACCGAUUAUGCAAGAAAGACUGCUUUGAUUCAAAAUGGUUUGGCGAAUGCCUGAAAGUGCUGUUAAUACCCGAAGAGGAAGUGUCAAACUUACAGCACUUUCUGAGAGUAGUGAAUGGCUCGCCCAUAUCCUUCAACAUGGGCCCGCAAACAUAACUCUAAGUCCCCGCCCCCUCACAUACACACACACACACACACACCCAAACUGACACCCCACACACCACACA